AUGGCUUCAAACGACGGUAGCCAGCCUGCUGCAGAUCAUCGGGCCACGGUGGUUUCCCAGCGCUCUCCAACCCGACAGAGUGGCGUUGAUCCGCAAACAUCGCUGGCCCACCAACUCUCUCGUGAGGCUUCGUUCGGGAUGCCAUCAGCAGCCGCGCCGGAAAACCCUGUCAGACAAGCAACCCUAACUUCGAUGCCGUCGGGUAUUUCACGCUCUGCCAGCCUCAGAUACGCACCUUCCUCGAUAUCCGUGGCGGCUAUGAAUCUUCUUGAGGAAAUGGCUAACGACGAAAGAGUUGCUCUCGCGAAUGAAAGCGGCGACUACAGAGUCAAACUCACGGGACCCGACGGAGAGAUCAGCGUGAACAUCUGGGAUUUAUCGCUGUACCCAUUGUGGCCGUUUGACCACUACCAGUCCCUGCGGAGAGAAUACCUCGAGAUGCGGGGAAAGCCGGAUCGCACUCCCGAAGAGAUAUUGACCACUCGCUUCGUCCGCGCCCUUUCUUCUCCGAUGCAGGAAGCAUCAGCUGUGCAUGGUUCCGAAGUUGUGGACAAUCCUGACCAGAUGCAGUGA